AUGAGUGCAAUUUUUGGGCUUCAGAGUUCAGUUCCAUACUCCAAUCCCAUCCCACACACCCACAAAGGAGGAAAAGGGUUUCAAAUCAAACUCUCCAAUCUCAUCACUCACAUAGCCGUUUCCAGACCAUCCCCCAUCAGAACCCUUUCCAUUUCAUUUCCCAUAUUCAAUUUCAAUUCCCCUCUCUAUGGCACCGUUUCCCACGCCGUUAUCCUGAAACGGCGACGCACCCUCCUAAACCCUAACCCUAGCCUCUCCUUCAUCCUCCAUCUGCCAAUCCCAAACCGUGUCUCUUUAUGUUCUCCCAAAACCUGA